GAAAUGAAAAUUUUACAAGCGCCAUAAAAUAUUCCACUUAACCCAGUGAGCUAGCGCACGCACAACGACACAAAAAAAGUACACAAACUUAAUUUUCUUCUUCUUUUUCUUUCAUCUGCGCUCUACCGCUCUCUCACUACACCUAUGCGUUGCGGCACUAUAGCGCUGCUGUAUGCGACGAUAUUCGGUCACGUGACGACCAUCAUCCAGCAGAUGACCUCAGCGACGGCAAAGUACCACGACAUGUUGAACAAUGUGCGCGAGUUCAUGAAGCUGCACGAGGUGCCAAAGGCGUUAAGCGAACGCGUUAUGGAUUAUGUGGUCUCCACCUGGGCCAUGACAAAGGGACUGGACACCGAAAAGGUACUAAACUAUUGUCCGAAAGAUAUGAAGGCUGACAUUUGUGUUCAUCUAAAUCGCAAAGUAUUUAACGAGCAUCCAGCAUUUCGUCUUGCCUCGGAUGGUUGUCUGCGCGCGCUCGCCAUGCACUUCAUGAUGUCACAUUCGGCGCCUGGCGAUUUGCUGUACCACACCGGCGAGAGCAUCGAUAGCUUGUGUUUCAUUGUGACUGGCAGUUUGGAGGUGAUACAAGACGAUGAGGUUGUGGCAAUAUUGGGUAAGGGCGACGUCUUCGGCGAUCAAUUCUGGAAGGAUUCGGCCGUUGGCCAGAGCGCUGCCAAUGUGCGCGCCCUAACCUAUUGUGAUUUGCAUGCCAUCAAGCGUGAUAAAUUGCUCGAAGUCCUCGAUUUCUAUUCGGCAUUUGCGAAUAGUUUUGCACGCAAUCUGGUGCUCACCUACAAUUUAAGACAUCGACUGAUUUUUCGCAAGGUGGCCGAUGUGAAGCGCGAGAAAGAAUUGGCCGAACGGCGUAAAAACGAACCUCAAUUGCCUCAAAAUCAAGAUCAUUUGGUGCGUAAGAUAUUCUCAAAGUUCCGUCGUACGCCGCAGGUGCAAACCGGCUCCAAGGAGGUGGUCUCGGGCCAAAGUGAUGUAGAGAAGGGCGAUGGUGAUGUGGAUCGCACCAAGUUGCCUGCUAAAUUAACCCUCACCGAGGAUUCACGCAUCCUAACAACAGCUGCCGCACCCUCUCCAACGCCAUCACCCUCGCCCUCAUCGGGUCCACCAUCUGCGCGUAGUACGCGUGCUAGUAAAUGGGGUCGCCUUCUGGGCAGUUCAAGUGUCGAUUCGGCUAGCGAUACGAGCGCCAAGGUAGCAGUCUCGAGAAGUUUGAGCGCCCGCGAAAGUCUGCGUGAGAGCACUGCCCAAGCGCGGCAGAGCAGUACUUCGAGUAGUAAUGGUGGACAAGGCAAUAAAGUUUUUCCUAAAGCUCCUAAACUGCAGGCCAGCCAAGCGGCGCUUGCGCGCCAAGACACCAUUGACGAGGGUGGCGAAAUCGAUGCCUCCCCUCCGAGUCGCGACACGAGGCACGUCGGCGAAGGUGGCCCUGCAGCGGCAGCAGCAGCGGCUGCACUGGCCGCUAAGGAGCGCAAUUUGGCAUUGGAGCGCGAGCGUCAAAUCGAGAUGGCUUCAUCCCGCGCCACCACAUCCGACACCUACGACACGGGGCUGCGCGAACAACCACCGACGAUGGCGCAGCGAGAUUUGGUCGCAACUAUGCUGGACCUGAAGGUGGACGUGCGCCUGGAGAUGCAGCGCAUGCAGCAGCGCAUAGGACGGAUCGAGGACAUGCUAGGUGAGUUGAUGAAACGUUUGCCGACGCAGGAGUCUUCGGGUCAGACAACGCCAGGCGACGAGCUCGGCCCGGGCGGCGGCGGCGGCGGUAGUGGAGGCGCGGGUGGCGGCGGCAGCACAGUAGGAGGCAGCAGCGGAGUAGGCGCUGGAGGUGGCGCGUUACCUGCCCGCAUCGGGGUCGUCGAUGGCGGCGGAAGCGGCGGCACACACUCCACGGCGGUCACGCCGGCUGCAGACACUGUGAUAACCAUUUCAACGAUGCCGCCCACGCCACCCAUUAGCACAAGCGCGGCAGGUGUUGGUGGCGGUGGUGGCAGCGCAGGAGGCGUUGGUGUGCCUACAACUGCGACGUCCGCGGCUUUGGCAAUGGCGGCGGUAGGCACAGGCUCCACGCCCAUUCCACAGACCCUCAGUUUACUCAGUCCAGCACAGAUGGGGAGCGCGACGGCGGCGUCGACAUCCGGCGGCAACGGACUCGGACCGCUGAUGCUGAAGAAACGGCGUUCGAAGAGCAGGAAGGCACCAGCGCCUCCCAAGCAGCCAUCACAUGUGCAGAGUCCAGAACAGCAGCGUUUGCUGGAGGAGGAGCCGAUUGUAGCGACAACGACAACGAUGGUGGCAGCGGCGACGGCGGCAACAACAACAGCGGCACCUCCUGUUACAACACCAACAACGGCCACAUCGAGCAGCGCGGCUACUUCACCCACAACUGCGGGACCGUCUUCGAUAGGCGGUGGCGGUAACACCAGCGGGACGUCCAGCGGCAGCGGCAGUGGCGGCGGUGGUGGGCGCAACAAACGCGAGUUUCUCUAGCCCAAAAUACUGGUGCGCCAUCAAUCGGACACGGGCAGCAGCUUCGAACAAUAAUACGAGAGAGGAGCGAGGAAGCAGACUGCAGCAAACGAUGGCGUACAAGAAGGCGGCGGGUUGGGCAGCGGAAAGUGUUACGAGUUCAUUUGCCGUUGUUGCUUCUUAUUAUCAGGUUAAGUUAAUAGUUCUAAGUGGAUAAGAAAUUUUUUGGCGGUAAUAUUUUUUUUUAUUUGAAGCUUUCGAAAGCUUGAAUUUCAACAGAAAAAAUUUAAACCCAUGCUCUAUGCCACGGGAGCAUAUUUCAAGCGACAAGCAGAGCAAAUAUUUGUGAUAACCAACCAGAUAUUAUGACUAUGUAAACAUUAUUA